UGGUGGAAUUUGCGCGAAGCAACAACAUGGCAGGUCGAUUAAGUGUCUCCGAUCCGAAUUCCUUUUCACAACCAGAAAUAUGCGUUGUGAAGAGAAUACAUCUAAAUCUAACAGUAAAUUUUGCGCUGCAUCUUCUCUCAGGUUCGAUAGACUUGUCUGUUGAGAAGAAAAGCAAGACGGAAUCUAAGUCUUUAGUGCUUGACACGAAGGACCUCACAAUAGAGCAGAUCACUAAUGCCGUAACAGGAGCAACGUUAGACUACACGCUAGGCGAACCUGUGGAGUCGUUCGGCUCAAAACUCGAGGUCAUCCUCAACGAUCCAGAUACGGAAUGUAUGACAGUAAGGAUUAAAUACAAGACUUCAAGCGAAGCAAGCGCCCUCCAAUGGCUAGCACCAGAACAAACUGCUGGAAAGAAGCAUCCGUAUUUGUUUAGUCAGUGCCAGGCGAUUCAUGCUCGAAGCAUCAUGCCGUGCCAAGACACUCCAGCUGUGAAAGCUCCCUAUACUGCCGAGAUACGUGCACCAGCAGAACUGGUGGUGUUGAUGAGUGCCGUGAGAAACGGUACGGAGGCUGACGCAUCCAAUUCCACAUUAACAGUCCAUCGUUUUGAGCAGAAGGUCCCGAUUCCAAGUUACCUUACUGCUAUUGUCGUCGGAGCAUUGGAGUCCAGAAAAAUAGGUCCUCGUUCGCACGUCUGGUCAGAGAAGGAGCUUGUUGAUAAGGCAGCUUACGAGUUUGCAGAGACAGAGGAAAUGUUAAAAGCCGGUGAGGACGUCCUGUCUCCGUACAUCUGGGGUGUGUAUGACCUGAUCGUGCUGCCACCUAGCUUCCCAUUCGGCGGGAUGGAGAAUCCAUGCAUCACCUUCGUAACGCCGACCCUGCUGGCGGGCGACCGGUCCCUGGCCAGCGUGAUAGCUCAUGAAAUUGCUCAUAGCUGGACCGGAAACCUCGUCACGAACGCAAACUGGGAGCACUUCUGGUUGAACGAAGGUCACACUGUAUACCUGGAGAGGAAGAUCGCGGCACGCAUGGCCGGUGAGACGGAGCGCCAUUUUGAAGCGGUCGGCGGUUGGAAGGAUCUGCAGGCGGCUGUGGAUAGCUUCAGCCCUGGCCACGCUCACACACACCUCGUGCCCGACCUGACCGGUGUGGACCCGGACGAUGCCUUCUCUGCCGUUCCCUAUGAGAAGGGCUUCACAUUGCUCUUCUACCUCGAGACGCUGCUCGGCGGAGCAGAGGUCUUCGAGGCAUGGCUGAGACACUACGUCAACCACUUCCAGUACAAGUCGCUGACGACAGACGAGUGGCGACACCUGUUGUAUGACUACUUUGCUGAUAAGAAAGAUUUGCUGGAUUCGGUGGACUGGGAUGCCUGGCUGUACGCGCCUGGAAUGCCUCCCGUGCAGCCUAAUUACGACCUGACCCUGGCCGAUGCCUGCGUCAGCCUGUCGCGCCGAUGGCUGGAGGCGCCGCUCAACAAACUCGAUCAGUUCAGCGGUGACGACGUGAAGACGAUGAACAGCCGGCAGCUGAGGGAGCUCCUUGCACUCCUGCUCGUCGAGGAGCCGCUGCCUAUCGCGAAGCUGGAAGCCAUGGACACGCUGUAUGGCUUCAGCGCGAUGAUGAAUGCUGAGAUUCGCUUCCGCUGGCUGCGGCUGGGACUACGUGCGCGCUGGCAGCGUGCCGUCGGGCCGGCCCUGCACAUGGUCACCGAGCAGGGUCGCAUGAAGUUUACACGCCCGCUCUACAGGGACCUGUUUGCAUGGGAGGAGUCACGAGCCAGGGCAGUGGCAACCUUUGAGAAGAACAAAGGUUUCAUGCAUUCUACAACAGCUGGGCUUGUCGCCAAGGACCUCGAAUCGAAUACACCUAAAUGAUUGGCCAAUCAAUUUGAAUUUGAAUUAAUUCUGACGGAAUUAUGCAAUCUAAAGGUAGCUAGUAAGCUAAAAAGGGUGUUUAUUUCUCUAUAAUUUUUGUAUGAUCACGUUUUAUUCAUAUCAAUUUUACAGCCAAAUCGAUGAUUAUCUUGCUAUCAAUUUAUGGUAAUAUAACCAUGCAAGUUUACAACG